AUGCCAUUCCUGUUGCUAGGAAUAGCCAUCUACAUUAAAUACUAUAAUUAUAUUUUAAACGAGAAGAAGCUACAGGAACUUUUGAAUGGCAUCGUGUCCGAUUGGCAGACGGAACGAACGAAAGAGGAAUUACAAAUUUUACAUACGUAUUCCGAAAGGGGCUUGUUUUUCAAUUCCAUUUACAAAGGCAGCAUAUGUUCCUCUGUGAUCGCUUUCAUUCUUUUGCCAGCUGUGCCAACCGUUUUGGACAUUUUUGCGCCCCUGAAUGUGUCCCGGGAUCGUCUGCUCGUUUACCCGUCUUACUACUUUGUGAACCAGGAACAGUAUUAUUAUCCAAUACUGGGACAUAUGAUGGUAUGCGCCUGCAUACUUGGUUGCACUUUCGUCGCGUGCGAUGUUAAUUUGAUCCAAAUCGUCCAACAUGGCUGCGGUUUGAUAGCGAUUAGUGGGUAUCGUUUCAAACAUGCGAUCGACAGCGUAAAUUUACAUGAAGAAAAGCGAAACGAUACUUUAAGCAACGAAACAUACAAGAAGGUAACGCGAUGCAUUGAAGCUCAUAAAAGAGCCGACGAAUACGUGAAGGCAAUCGAAGCCUGUCACGUGCAUUAUAUUCUCGUAACUGCUGCAUUCAUUGUCAUGGUGUUCACGGUCACUUUAAUAAAGGCAAGCCAUCACGCUACAGUAACGCUAUGUUAUCUAAUAAUUGAUUAGACUAUAAUAUCUAUAGUUUA